UGUUUGGAGUCAUCAAGCCUCGAGGAUAUGUACAAGAAACCAACAUCUACAGGAUUAAUGGAUAAGCUGGAGUCCAAGGAUGAGGAAUUGGACAUAAAGAAAAUGUUGAAGGAGAUCGAGUUGUUGGGUUCUCCACAUAUGAGCUGGAAAGAGAGGAAGGCAUUGAAGAACCAGAAAGUUGUUACCUUGGGUGGAAAGCCUCCAAAGAAACAGCGGAUGCCGUUAAGUGUAGCUAGUGUGAUGAUAAAAAAACAGAAGGAAAGAGAACAGAAGGUGUUACAAGAGGCGCCGAUGCUCACAGAGUCUCUGAAGCACAGAAAUAAAAACAGUAGUGGAGAAAUUCAAGGGUGAAGACAGUUCUCAAGGCAAGUGAGGGCCAUUUCAAGAAGGGCGUACUGAACGUGGAGCGUCUUUUGAGAGCCCCUUCAUCAUCAAGAGAUGGCGAAAACAAGCGGAACUUUGGCAAAGGAAAGAAGUAGAAAGGUAAUGGGAAGAAGAAGGGUAAGAAGAGGCACUGAUAAUUGAUUUUCGACCACUAAUAACAUAGGCUUUAUGUUUGAUUUUUGGUAGUAUAGUAGAUACAACAAAUCAAUAAUUCCUCUAAAGAGUCCAUGGCUCAUGUAAAAGUUGGCCUUGUCAUCACUUGUAAUUUCAAGCCAUAUAAAUCUUGAAUCUCAAGAAAAUCUCA